AUGCCGACCAUCACCUUUGUCACUCCUCCUGGCAGGCCUUCUGUUCUUCGAGCUCACACCAUCCAACCUGCACUCCCCCAAGACGAUCAGCCGCAAGCAUCAACAUCCAAACUACCCUCACAAACCAUGCCAGUUCCCACAACCAACAAAGAAGACGAACGAUCGAAACCCACGCCGCUGGUAUUCCAAAAACGUAUCCUACCACAACUCACCACAUCGCCCGAACCAGCACAAGAAUCGUUCGGAACCCCACAACCACGCCCUCGUGUCUCCCUAGACGAAUCUAGAUCGCCAACAGGCGAGAAGAAGAAACCUUCACUUCUAUCAACUGCAAUCUCUGGCUCAUCGCGACUUCCACCCCGCAGUGCCUCAACUACCAACCUCGGCAUACUUCGGAGGGCAGAAUUGGACGAUGCACAUUCCUCCAGCACCGAACUGCCUAGACCGCGAUUGCACUUUGUCGAACCGCACAAGCAAGCCGCGCCUGUGAUGUCGGCUAAGCCAGAACCGACCGCUGAGCAGCAAAGCACAUCAUCAACACAGGCAGCAUCAGAACAGCCUCGGAAGCGCAGUUUGGUGAUUCAAGAGCAUGCAGAUGUGUUAGAGCGCGCGGCUGAACGAGCUGCGAGAAACAACCUCAGUACGCAAGCGUUGGAGCAGCAUGGAAGGUCGAGACAACACUGCACGUCUUCUGGUGGAGAAGAGACUGCGUCAACGAGGUCAAGUUGGGCGUUGAGAAGCAGUUCCAGGGGUUCGAGCAUUGCUACUUCCCCAACCUAUGCUUCUGAGAGGUCGGAUGGUGAAGUUGGCAAGUCACAGGCAGAAGAGACACAUGUUGUUUCGAUCUUCAACCACAAUACCACAGCUGCAAGUGAAGCGGCACCUUCGCGCAAGUUGACAUUUAUUGAUCCAGCUCCAUCGCGCAAACGCGGUCCACCUAGGCCGUCGAGAGCGCUCUCCCCCACUAGCCAUUCUUCCCCAUCCGACAGGAAACCUAGCGAUGAAGAGACGCACAGAGAGCCAUCUCAUCGAGUGCUCGCAUUCGCAGCUUGUCCCAAACCAGAACGCGCUCGUGCGGCGAGGAAACAGAAAGCAAAACUUUCGGCCAGUCCAGCACCACAUAAACUAGCCUAUCCGCAAAGGUUGAGGGGGAUUAGAGGGACGCAUCCGAUCCGAUCGCCUGCGCCGGAGUUUGCGGCUUUGCAGAUGGGGCAGAAUUGGGAUUUCAGGGGAGAGGAUGUGGAUGAGGAAGGCUCUGGAUAUAGUGAGGAUGAAGAGGAUAGUGAUGAGGAGGAGGAUGAGGAGGAUGAGGCGAGUAGUGAGGGGGGCAAGUCCGAUAUUCAGAGCUUGCAGCAGAGCGACGAGGAAGAGGACGCGGUUGAUAUGCAGCUGACUGGCCAGGACUUGCGGAGCACUUCGACUGCACCCAACGACGUCAAGCUAGCGCCGAAUCAGAGACGCGCGAGUACACCUGGCCUCACCAUUACCAACACUGCUUUCUCCACCCAACGAUCUCCACCACGCACCCAAAUCCAGUCUCCUCGCUCAACCCAAACCUCCCCUCUCUCUGCUCCCUCGACACGCAAGCUCAAACCUAAAGAAUUCUUCUCCUCUCACCCCAUGUGUUUCCUCCCUGACGCAUUCGAAGAUUCAGCACCACCCACCCCGACCGAACCCGAUUCUGAAGGCUACGAGCCUCCCCGCGUCACCCUCUUAUCAGGUUGGCUUUCCGAAGGCGGCGGUGGUGGGGGUAGUGGAGCCAGUUCACGCCGCACAAGUUGGCAGCAUCCGCAUCCAAACCCCUCUCUACGCUCUCCAGUUGGAGAAGAAGGCUUAGCAAUGCCAAUUACGCUUCCUCCCUUCCGUCGCACCCGAGAACGUACACCGCAAUACGGCGUAACAAGCGACGGAGAACAAAGUAGUAGGAGCUUGGGUGGAAAUGUUGCCUUCAUUCGUGAAUCUGCUGGGUUUGGGCGAUCACCCAACUGGGGUGCUUCCCCCUCGCAGCAUCUUGGGAUCAGCGUUCCGAUCAACCCCAACCCUACUCAGCACGAUCGACCUUCAACAGCCUUAGCUGGAUACAGAAGAGCGAGCCAUUCGGUAGAACCGCAGAGAAAGGUGAAUAGUGCAUUUACUAGUCCGAUAGGAUCUUAUUCCCACCAACAACCUGGUCGACGGCCUGGGAUGGGAAAACAGAGACCCGUAUCGACUUGCUCGCAUAUCCGAUCUUUUGCUUCGGUCAAGACGAGUAUGAAUGGAGAUGUAGUGAUGGCAACAUCUCCACCAAGAGAAGCGGGUAGUGCGCUGGAAUGUUUGAAACAUCAAUUGGAGGCUCAUUCGCCCAAGUGUAGGUCGGGGCGCACUACUCCCGGGUGGCUUUCGGAUGGUCCAGGGUUGGGUGCGGGUAAGUAUCGGAGUGAGAGAUUGAGUUCGUUAGCACAAGCUAUGUCGGUUGGGGGAGCUAAAGCGACAGGUUUUGUGGAUGGGGAUGGGGGUGAGGCGCAUCGUCGAUCGAAAAGUGUUCCUUUGCAAAUUGCUCCCUCACCAGUACCUCCAGUAGAGGUGGAGGGCACUCUCGAGUUGGUGAAGCCAACCCCAAUCGCGAUCACACCAACAACAGCUAACAGCGAAACAACAGCUAACAACAAAUGGACAGCUGAGCGAGAUGGAGAAACUCUCCCACCUCCGCCCUCCAGCACGAAAAAGGGGGAUGAGGAAGAAGAGGAGGAGGAAGAAGAGAAACCGUUUCAAUUUGCCAAACAAGAACUAGGAGAAGAUGGCAAAUUGAGGAUGGUUGUUAUACAUACUUCUUCCGAGCGGAAGGCGUAG